UCUGCCCGUCCCACUAUUGGAGCGCGCUUCCCGAAGAACGCAUGCGCAAAAAAGGCUGUCGCGGAGUCCUCGGGGAGGCCAGAGGCUAACUCUUGCGCAGGCGCGUUAGGUCCCGGUCGCUAUGCGGGUUCUAGUGGGUGGCGGGUCAGGCUUCAUUGGGACUGCCCUAACCCAAAUGCUGAAGGCCAAAGGCCACAAAGUGACGUUGGUCUCCCGAAAGCCAGGGCUAGAUCGGAUCACGUGGGAUGAGCUGGCUUCCUCGGGGCUGCCCCCCUGCGAUGCCGCUGUCAACCUGGCAGGAGAAAACAUCCUCAACCCCCUCCGAAGGUGGAAUGAAGCUUUCCAAAAAGAGGUUAUCAGCAGCCGCUUGGAGACCACGCACAUGAUGGCUACAGCCAUUGCCAAGGCCCCACAACCUCCCCAGGCCUGGGUCUUAGUCACAGGCGUAGCUUACUACCAGCCCAGCCUGACUGCGGAGUACGAUGAGGACAGCCCAGGAGGGGAUUUUGACUUUUUCUCCAACCUCGUCACCAAAUGGGAAGCUGCAGCCAGGCUUCCUGGAGAUUCAACACGCCAAGUGGUGGUGCGUUCCGGUGAGAACCAGAGGCCUGGGUGUCAAACAGGAUUGGAAUGUCUUCUCUGGGCUGGGAGGUGGGGGGAUGUGGGGAUAAGGGAGCUGAGCUUACAGAAGGGGCCCCCACUUCUGGCUAACCUACAGAUGGGAGGAUGGGACAUCCCAAAGAGAACCACACCCCUCACCUGCUACACAGCGAGGUCAACUUGGGGAAGGAGUGAGGAAGGGGAAGUGGAGAGGAAGAAUGGGGCUGCCUGGAGGCUGAGGGCCCUCUCUGUCCUUCUUGCCUGCUCUAGGGGUUGUGCUGGGCCGAGGGGGUGGCGCCAUCGGUCACAUGCUGCUGCCCUUCCGCCUGGGCCUGGGGGGCCCCAUUGGCUCAGGCCACCAGUUCUUCCCCUGGAUUCACAUUGGGGACUUAGCUGGAAUCCUGGUCCAUGCCCUUGAAGCAAGCCACGUGCAGGGGGUCCUGAACGGAGUGGCUCCAGCCUCUGCCACUACGAAUGCUGAGUUUGCCCGGGCCUUGGGUGCAGCCCUGGGCCGCCCAGCCUUCAUCCCUUUCCCCAGCACUGUGGUACGAGCUAUCUUUGGGCAGGAACGAGCCAUCAUGCUGCUGGAGGGCCAGAAGGUAGUCCCGCGGCGGACGCUGGCUGCUGGCUACCAGUAUUCCUUCCCAGAGCUGGGGGUCGCCUUGAAGGAAAUCAUAGCCUGAGUGGGGAGGCUCCAGGCAGGGCUCCAGGCCUGCACUCAGCAGAAGCUACCUGGUCAGAGAUGGCACAAGCUCAGGUUCUCCUCUACUUGAGACCUGAAACCAUCUGCUGCUUAGGGAAUCCUCCUUCUUUCUCGUUGUCUUGUUGCCACACCUUAUUUAACUGAGAGGCUGCCCACCUUUUCAAGGUUGCACUCUCAUCAGGUAAGGACUGUAACCUCUUAAACUCCUUGUAAAUUCCAACUUUGGUUUUGCUGUUUGUCCUGUUCCUGCCCCAUUUCUCCUUCUUGCUGUAUAGAGAAUGUUCUGCAGUUUAGGCAAUAAAGACACAUUAUCUCACUACUUUCACCUCACCUCUUUGGCCUAGAUUCUCCUGAAAUUUAUUUCAAGGAAUGUCAUCCUAAAUGACCCUUUCCUUUACAUGGGGUUUUGAAAGUUAUAAUGGAUAAACAUCUCCCUUCUUGAUCCCUCCAUUGCCAAAAGAGCUGGCAACAGAUUUUUUUUUCAUUUUUUAAAGUUAUUGAAGUAUAGUUGUUUUACAAUGUUGUGAUCAUUUCUGCUGUACAACAAAGUGAUUUGUUUAUACAUAUACACACAUCCAUUCUCUUCGAGAUUUUUCUCCCACCCAACAAAUUUGAGGCAUGAGGUUAUGACAAAGGUAGAAAUGAAGAGACAAGAGGAAUUGUGAUCCAUUUCCGGUGGGCUGUGGUCACCUAGCAUACUUGUUCACACAAUGCCCUUAGGGUGCCAGCAGAGGAAAAGAUGAGGCCCAAGUCUAAGACAGCCUUCAUUCAGUCUGUCACUGGACAGCAGUGAGUUGAUAAAGCAGUCACAUGCUGGUCCCAGUUCAUCAAGCUGCAGCAAGACGAAGCUGUCCAGAGCUUAGGACUAUCAGAAGCGAAGGAUUGCCUCCUACCUGAUCGGGGCCACUUUGGUCAACCAUGGUCCCUAGCACAAAAGGGCAGAAAAUACCCCGAGCCCAUACACCCCCACCAGCACUGAAAGUGAGAGGUACAAGGGACCUAUCCAAAACUACAAACUCCACCCUAUCAGGGAAAAAAAGGCUUCCUCAAGAACCCUUUCCCUUUUUUCGACCCCGAUGUCUGCCACAGUUUAACCAGAAGUAGUUCCCCUAGCCCCCAAUUCAGGCCAUAUUAACCAAUCUCUUUUCUUCUGAGGGGACUAUGGGUUGUCUUUGAAUCAUUGUCACCACCUCGACUGGCCUCACUCCAACACACCUGCUCCCAGCCAGGUGAGUGUCGUGUAGCAGUGUUCAUGACCAACGGGGAAGACACUGGGACCCAGGGAGCUCUAUCACUCAGCUCCACGUGCUAGCUGCUGAUAACAAGGAUCUGGGGUGAUGUCAACUCCCUGUGCUGCUCAGGGAGCAGGAGUCAGAGCCUUAAAAAGGACCAUGUCCAGGGAUUUGCUGCAGGGCCCAGACUGCACAGAACCUAGGGGCACCUGUCCUACAUCUUUAUGUGGUCUUGGACUCUUGAGGAAGUUGACUGGCUCAGUACUGUUCCUGAGGGAAUGACCGGCCUCAAAGCUAAAAGUCACCAAAAAGCAUAUCGGGCUGCACCAGAGGAAGGACUGACUAAUACUGUCCACGGAUGGAUGGGCUGCCUUGGAGGUAGUAGACUCCCUGGCAUAGGAGGACUUCAAGCACAUACAGGACAAUGACUUAUAGGAAUCAAGGUGGAGAGGGAAAGUCCUGAUGUGACAGCAGUUGGUCUGGUAGCCAGUCAAGUACCUUCUGACUGAUACUUCAGUUUUCGUUUUUCAGAUUGGUUCCUCUAGAUACAACCUCUGCAAACCCUCCCAUCCACAUCCACAUCCACACACACACACACACACACACACACACACACACAC